UACCUGAAGUCCUACAUCCCGUCGCACGUCAACUUUGGCAACUACAUGCUCGGCGUGCUAACUGGAGUGAUCUACCGGGAGCUGCAGCAACGCUCGAUCAAUCUGGCCGACAGCAAAGUGUUCCGGGCGGUGUGGUACCUCAACUUUCCCUUCGCCCUGCUGACGAUGCUGCCGUCGUACAUGUUCUACGUGCAGGAGUUUCAAAAGCCUUCCCUCUGGAUGGCGGUCUACUUUGUGGUGUCGAAGAACCUGAUCGGCAUCGAGCUCGGCGUGCUGUUUCUCGGAAUGAUCUUCGGCGUAAGCCGAACGACACAGCGUGUGCUAAAUUAUCGGUUCUUUGAGCCCCUCGGGCGACUGGCGUACGGUGCGUACCUUAGCCAUCCGCUCGUCAUGCGUUACAUGUACGUCAGUGCACGUGGCCCGGUGUACUACAGUGACUUGCUGACGGUUACCAUGUGGUUCGGUUCGGUGGUAUUGUCCUGUCUGGUGGCCUUACUGUUGUGCUUCUUAAUUGAGCUGCCCACCACUUCGUUACAAAAUCAUCUUUUCGGAGGGCUAAUGGGUCGAAAGAAACCCAACCGCGUCGAUCCGGAAGCAGCAAGGAAUGGCGGCGAAACUGCGAUCGUAUCGGGGCUAGAGGUAAAGAAAACAGAUCUGUAG